AAAAAAAAUUAUGGCGUUUUAAGAGUUGCUAUGUCGAUUGAAAAGCUUUAUUUUGGCCUUUACUUUUAUUUUUGUAAAUUUUAAUAUUCAAAUUUAUAUCUGGAUAGUUGAAAAAUCAGUGGUUGAAACACCUGUCGAGUGAUCAACUGUCAAAAUGACAUUGACGUAACCUCAAAAAAUUGUGUUUUGGAUUUGGAAAAGUUAUUUUUCCUCUUAGAAAAUCCACCAUGAGGGGGCUUUUCUGGAAAGCGAUGGGUUCGGUGGGUUACGUAAUUCAGUAUGCGUGUGUGGCUCACUGCACUUUUGAAUAUUUAGGCGAUUUUGUUUUGUGUUCAGGGCCUUCAAUGGAACCAACAAUUUAUUCGGACGAUAUUUUAUUAACUGAACAUAUCAGUGCUAGAAUGAAUAGAAUAGAUAGGGGAAAUAUUGUUAUAGCUAAAUGUCCUUCUAACCCUAAGCAAAAUAUCUGUAAAAGAGUGGUGGGAUUACCUGGGGAUAAAAUUCGAAUUGGUUUUAACAACUAUGAAAUUGUGCCGAGGGGUCAUGUGUGGUUGGAGGGCGACAAUUCUGGUAAUUCUUCUGAUUCUAGAAAUUAUGGACCAGUGCCCCAAGGGCUAAUUCGAAGUAGGGCCGUGUGUCGAGUGUGGCCUCUAAAGGACAUAAAGUUAUUAACUAACUAAUUACUAAUUAACUCUUAUCCCAGUAGCCAAUAAUAAUACCAAUUAGAAAAAUAAUUGUUAAAAUCUGUGAUUCGUUGAUUUGUAAAUUUUAUAAAAAUAAAUAAACGAAAAUAUAA